UAUAACUUCUAGAAAGAAGAUUUGUUUCUAAACAACAACUACAGUGUCCUUUGAGGGGAAAACAGUGGAGCAUCGUCUAGGAUUCAAACACAAGCUGAAAGCAGAUUUCAACAUUAAAAGUUUGACUCUGGUUCAAGCAAUGCUGUGUGAAGGGAGACUGCUGAGCAUGACCUACGGCGAGAUGGAGGAGAUGGACUCGCUGCCUUCUCAGAAGACUUUUCACUUUGCUGGGGGGCCGCCAAAAGGCUCCCUCACACCAACCGCCUCCAGACCCGCUCCACUAGCUUGUCACAGCCCCUUGAAGGAAGCAGGAGGCACAGAGGGUUUCAGGGCUGCAGUCGACCUGGUUAUCUCUCCCUUGUCAACCUCACAUCUCCAGGGAGUACAUGCAAGGAGGCAGAUGUCUGCAGAGAUGGAAAUCCCUGCCCAAACUCAUUCUGACUGUGGUAAUUCCCCCUUCGUGGUUCCCUCCUUCUGCCAGAGCAUCUGUCAAAACUACAGCGACCUCCAUAUUGCGGGCGAGCAGGUGUUGCCUCUCUCAGCCAAUGAUGCAGAUUUGAGGGUCUGUGCUGAGGUGCAGCCCGUGCGGCCCUUCCUACAGUCAUGUGAUGUCCCGCCGGCGGUGGAGGAUUCUCCUCCAGGACAGCGAGGUCUGCAGAACCUGCUCAGGAGAGGUUCAAACCACUGGAGACAGGUGAGCGGCCGCAAUCCCAGCUUUAUGUUCCAGGGUCACGAGGGACCCUUCUCCAAUUCCCUCCUGAAUCAUUACCUAGAGCAGAAAGUCCUGGAUCUAUACCAGCAGUACAUGAUGGAGAACAUGGCGAGGGAGGGAGCUCCCGGUACCCACGGGGAUGCCGGCGUGAUUUGCCCCCUGCUGGGCUCAGAGCUUGUUCUCACCAGCCUCGACCAGAUCACCCAACAGCUCAGCCGGGAAGGCAACAUGGAGGCCGGCCUGGCCAAGGACAUGGUCCUGAGCUGUCUUCUGCGGGUGGCCAGUGACCUGCAGUCGGGGGAGAUCAGCACUCCCUUCCUGCAGAUUUCCAAUGAGGCCUCAAGGGAGCUGCUCACCGAGAGUACGCAGGAAUAACCACAAACUAAAAAAAAAAACUCGCUUUCUGUUCUCCUUUGCACUUAAAUGUUCAAAUGUUUAGAGAGAAAACCUAGAAUGGAAGUAGAUAAGCAUUCAGUGUAUUCUUUGUAUUGUCUUUUCUUUCUAAUAGGUAAUAAACAGGAACUGAAAACUGAAA